AUAUGUUUAAUGCACAAAAAAGCAUUCCUUGGCGGUUUACAUUCUGCUGAAGAAUUUUUUUUCUUUAAUACAAGGAAAGAUAACAGUAAAAAAUUAAGUCUACGAUUCCGCUGUAGGGAUACAAGAUUCAACUGAGCAUCGAAUUUGGAAGAAAAAUCCUGUUGAAAGUUUUGUAUAGUAUAAAAAAUACUGCUGAGAAAUUUGAACAGCGGAACUGCUCAUCGGAAAAAGUGCCGUAGCCGGGCAUUUCACAGCCAUGGCUGACUCCCACGGUGACUUGGACGAUCUUCUUGAUAGUGCGUUGGAUGAUUUUGGGAAGCUUGAACUGGGUCCUUCUCCAAACGCAGUAAUAGCUGAGAAUAGCUGUUCAGUUCAAGGGCUGGGCACAGGUUUACCGAAUCUUCCUCCGAGCAAGAAGAAGGGCAAGCAGAAGAUUGGGUCAUCUUCUGCUUCAAAACCCACUUCAACAGAUGCCCAUGCUGAAACUCUUGAAAAGCUUGCCCAGCAAACCAGAGAUACAUUACAUGACUUGCAACAUUCUGCCCAAGAUGAAGCUGCUGGCGAAAAGAUGGUCGAAGAUCUUUUUAAACAAUUUGAGGAUCUCGGUGGAUCACAGGAUAUGCAGUCUAUGGUUGCCACGAUGAUGCAUCAGUUAUUGUCUAAAGAGAUUCUUCAUGAGCCAAUGAAGGAAAUAGGUGAGCGGUAUCCAAAAUGGUUGGAAGCAAAAAAGGCUACAAUUAGCACUGAGGACUAUAAACGCUACUCUGAUCAAUAUGAACUUAUCAAGCAACUUUGUCAAGUAUAUGAGACACAGCCGGAUAAUUUUGAGAAAAUAGUUGAACUUAUGCAGAAGAUGCAAGAAUGUGGUCAGCCUCCAAGUGAUAUUGUGCAAGAGCUUGCUCCUGGCCUUGAUAUAGGAAAUGAAGGAGCUCAAGCAUGCAGUGGGCCUAUAUUUUGUAGCUUAUAAUGUACAGUUUAGAUUGCGGAGUGUUAUCUAUCCUGCAAUUCCAGGCUUUCUGAGAUUCUUGCCGACAAUUCUGGAUCAAAUUGCAGCAUCAUGUAAAGUGGUGCUUUGCAAUUUCUGUCCAUAUGAAACAUAUCUUGCAGGGGCUACAUUCAUUUGUCUUGCCAUAAUACCACUGAUAAUUUAUUGUGGGAAAAGUCUUCUCAAUAUCUUUUCAUAAGGAGAACAAAUAUUAUCACAUGAUUUUAUUGUACUACGUGGGAAAAACCUUUGAUAAUAUUGUACUUAGCAGUAUUUUUUUCUUUAUUUCGCUACAUUCCAUCUUUAGCUAAAAGGCAUUGGUUUAAUCUUUAAUUCCUCAUUCAGUUUACUCGAUAGUAAGGGACACACUUUCACAUUUUUAAUGCCUAACGGAUAAACGAUCAAUAAUUUCAUCUAAGUGAAUUUUAUUUUUUGACAGAUUUCUUGAAUAAAUAUUUUUUCAAGUAGUAAGCCUGCAUUCUCACAGAUUAUUUCUCUGUUGGAAGCGUGGCUGCUUCUGUCACUUUUUAACACAAAUUAUGUAUCUUGGAAUGAUUUUCAUCUAUUUCAGUCACUUAUUGACACAAACUUCAU